GUAGCAGACGCACAGAGCAGACGGCAAGGAGAUACUGUGGAGUAUGCCUGCUGUCCUCUAAGUCGCUGCUGGAGAUCUGUUAGUGCGUUGUUUGCAUGUGCAUUUUAGCACAUUAUAGAACAGACUCCAGAAAGUUAAGUUUUGAUCAAAAUCCAAGAGUGAAAAAUUGUGUUCUUUGGAAAGGAGUCUUCAAGAAAUGUGAUCUGUGAUUCUAAACACAUGUAAUGAAGAUUUAGUGAAGUCCUUUGAUGUCAAGAUGGUAGCAAGAUCUAAGAUAAAGUUGUGUACUUGACAACCAAGUUUGAAAUUCUGAGAAAACUGUCAGCAGAUGUUUGGGAUAAAUUCGGGCGGAAGCAUGCUUGAGAUCAGCUGAUUGUGCUAUUGCCAGCCAGAGGAGUACUUGCACAUUGUGUAAUUGAGUUAGAGGUACCUGCGGCUUGCAAUUAACAGGUAGACACGGUUUAAAAGGAAAGUCCCAGGAAUAUUGGCCUUUGUGUUUAAGCGUAUGUUCUCAGGAUAGUUGUGGAAGAUGGGCUGUUUGACGCAGCAUUUGGUGCAGGUGGUUAUUGUUAGUUUUGUGGCAUGUACGUGUGUGUUUGUGGCAUCGCAAGAGGACAUUCCUCUCGGAGCAGCGUCACUGGCAUUUGUGUUUGACAUAACGGGAUCGAUGUACGAUGACUUGGUACAAGUGACUGAAGGCGCUGCCACAAUCCUGGCAACAGCUCUGGCCCGCAAAGAAAAGCCUCUGUAUAACUAUGUUCUUGUUCCAUUCCAUGAUCCAGAUAUUGGUCCUUACCUGGUGACCUCUGACCCUGAAGAAUUCCAGCGUGAGUUGCGAUCAUUGUAUGUGCAGGGUGGUGGUGACUGUCCGGAGAUGAGCAUCGGCGCUAUCCAGCUGGCCCUGGAGAAGUCACUGCCCAACUCCUUCAUCUACGUCUUCACUGACGCCCGCUCCAAAGAUUACUACCUCACCGACCAGGUGCUAGAGAUCAUACAGCAGAAACAGAGUCAGGUGGUGUUUGUGCUGACUGGGGACUGCGGCAACAACACACACAAGGGGUUCAAGGCCUACGAGGAAAUUGCCUCUACUAGUUCUGGACAAGUCUUCCUCCUCAAGAAAUCCCAAGUCAACCAGGUGCUGAACUUUGUGCGAGUGGCUGUUCAGGCUCGGAAGGUCAACCUGAUGUCUGUGGACCAGGACUCGGCUCGGACACAAACCUUCCCCAUCCCCAUCGACUCUCAGCUUCAGGAGAUCACAGUGUCAGUCAGCGGGGAGACGCCCAGAAUUAUACUCAGAGACCCUGAUGGCAACCAGGUCCCUAUUGGCGACUCCCUGUUCGAGUAUGAUGACUCCCAGAACCACAUCAAGGAGCUGCUGAACAUCAAGAACGUGUUGAUCCACAACGUGAAGGACCCGACACCUGGCAUGUGGGAGCUGGAGGUGGCCAGCGGCAGCCAUCACACCAUCAGGGUCACCGGCCUCAGCACUGUCGACUUCGCAGCCGGCUUCGCCAAGAAACCAGGCACUGACUUCUCCCAGACCAGCCUCAGACCUGUGGAAGGUAUUCCAACCCAUGUGGUAAUCAAUGCAUCUGACCUUGACCCUCCUGCGGUGCUGACCCGACUGGAGCUGGUCGACCUUAAAGGAGAGGCCCUCAUCGAGUUCCCCGUGUCCCGAGAUCCAACCAACCCUGCCCUCUACAAUGUCACAUCCUUCAUUCCACCCAAUGAAUUCUUCUACCUCAAGGUUGAUGGUAUAGAUGACCAGGGUUAUGUAUUACGGAGAACCACGCCCACAGCCAUCAGCCCACGUGUUCCGACAGCGCCAACAGUGUCUAUGCAAGAUCUGACACGAGGGUUCUUUGACCAGACAGCCACACUGACAUGCACAGUGCAGAGUUUGGUCCCCUACACUGUCCGAUGGUUCCGAAGGGGGGUCCAAAUGGGAUAUGACAUGAGUUUCUAUGACUCGGCCAAUGCAACUCUUGAAGUCCCCCGUGCAGGGUCCAGCUCAGAGGGCGACUAUGUCUGUAACGCCACCAACAUCGCUGGCAGCGCCACCACAAAGACAUAUCUUGACGUCAGCGAUCCGCCUCCGGUGAUCUCCAAGACAUGGAACAUCUCUGUUCUCCCGGGGGACAGUGCUAUACUCACUUGUAACGCCUUCAGUACAGUGGAGUUCAACAUGACCUGGUAUAAGCCUGGACGUUACGGACCCGUAGCUCUGGAUCCUAGAGUCAGUGUCCUGUCCAAUGGAUCUCUUUUCAUCAGGAAUGUGCAGAGGGAGGACGUGGGGCGCUAUGUGUGCAAGGCCAGUAACGAGGGGGGAUCCACUGAGGACAAGGUAUUCCUCAGGCUUCAAGAACCGCCGAUUGCCAGAACUAUCCCCCGAUCUCAGAACUUCCUCGUUGGUCGAACCAUCAACGUGACGUGUAUUGCUGAUGGAUACCCUCUGCCCAAAUACAGCUGGAUGCGAGGAGGGAAGUUUAUAGUUCCGAACAAGCGAAUCUAUUUCGAAGAUGGUGUGCUCAUAAUCAAAAAGAUUCAGCGAACUGACGAGGGUGAUUACGAAUGCUUGGCCAAAAACCCAGCAGGAGAGGACAUAGCCAUUGCUCGAGUAAAUUACAUUGAAUCACCACGUAUUCGUCAGUAUGAGAGGAGGAUGCUGGUUGCCACCGGCGACAGAGCUCGACUGGCGUGUGAGGCUGAGGGCAUCCCAGCGCCUGAGAUAACAUGGUACAGAGGGGAACGGAAGCUUCAGUCUGCGUAUAAUGUGGACAUUACACGUAGUGGACGCCUCAUCAUCAGGAACGUGCAGGAAAUGGAUGCAGGAGACUACCGAUGUGUUGUUACCAAUGAAGCUGGCUCUGACGAUGCUAAAGUGACACUGGAAGUUGGGUCACCUCCAGAGAUUAUCCGGCCACCCGGUAAUGUUGGCAUUGAGAUUGAGAGGAAUGGCACUCUGGAGUGUGAGGCGACAGGGAUGCCGCCACCAAAGAUCAUUUGGCGACGUGGUGAUGGCAAGCCUCUCGACACCAGUGGCAGAUUCCAACAGCUGCCUUCCGGCGGUCUACAUGUGUCUAACAUUGGGCUCGGAGAUGAGGGUAUCUACACGUGCCUGGCGCAGAAUGCCUUUGGUGUCAAUGACGCUUCUGCCUUCGUCAGCGUCACAGGAAUAGUGCGGCCGCUGAUUGCCUACACCUACCCCAUUGUGAAGGUCCAACAAGGGGAGAAGGCAGAACUGGAGUGUGUCGUCCUGCUCGGUAAACCCACACCGAAAAUCAACUGGAUGAAAAAUGGACGAGUGCUGACCCCUGGUGGCAGGAUAAGAAAGACAGGUCCAGGGAAGAUGGUGAUCUCCAACAUCACUCAUGACGAUGAUGGAGAGUACGUCUGUCACGCCAGCAACAUUGGUGGUAACGCCACAUACUCCAUCAACGUGGAUGUGUUAGUUCCUCCAAAGCUGAUCCAAGACGACCUUGAAGGUAACCGUAACUUCAGUGUUAACCAAGGUAAAGGAAUAGUGUUGCCGUGUCGAGCUGUGGGCGACCCUCGACCUACUUUCCAGUGGUACAAGGACGGCUCCCCCAUCUCCCUCAGCGACAUCCACUACUUCAUUCGCAAUGACGGCAGCCUGGAGAUAUUCAGUGCCGACCCUGGUGACACCGGCUCCUACAAGUGUGUUGCUUCCAACAUUGCUGGCGGCACUGAGAAGGUCAUGACCCUUGAUGUUAGGAUUGCUCCCACUAUUGAUGGUGCACUUGAUGAGACAUAUGAAAUCUUGGAACACAAGAAUAUACUGCUUCCCUGUAAUCCAAUGGGAAAACCCAAACCCAAGACUUUCUGGAGACGGAACUUCACUCCGUUCCGCCCACGGAGUUCUAGAAUCCACAUAAGGGAACGAGGCCUGUUUAUCAAGAAAGCCAGACUCCAAGACAAGGCCAUCUAUGAAUGUGUAACCUCAAAUGUUGCCGGCAACACAACUAAAGUCAUCACGCUGAUUGUCUACAGACCACCGACCAUCACCGCAGGGCCGUCCUACAUCACAGUGAUGGAGGGGGAGCCAGUGCUGCUGGAGUGUGAGACAGAUGGCGACCCAACCCCUGUCGUCACCUGGAGGAAGAACAACACCAUCAUGGACCUCACCGACCCAGACAGCGGCAUCUUCAUGAUCGGAGCCGGGUCACUGACGCUGGACUCGGUUCGCCUGACGGACGCGGGGAUGUACACAUGUAGUGGCAAGAACCCUGCAGGGGAGGCACACCAGGACUUCAGGCUGGUGGUUCACGCUCCACCACAGAUCGCAAAAGACCUCCCGACCUACACCGAGGUCAUUGAGAAAAACCCAGUGAUGCUCCGAUGUCCAGCAACGGGAACCCCUCCUCCGAAGAUCUCCUGGCUGAAGGAUGGCGUACCAGUGUCUAGCACUGACCUUGGUGUCACUCUGCGACCGGAUGGGAACCUAGAGCUGGACAACGCCCUGGCAGAGGAUUCGGGGGUCUACAAGUGUGUCGUAGAGAAUGUGGCUGGCAAUGCCAGUCAUGCAGUUAAUCUCAAGAUACUUAUCCCUCCCAAGCUGGAAACUGAUGGAUCGUUUGGUAAUGAGGCUGACAAGCCAACCGUCAUUGUGAACAACUCCAUCACCAUCCGAUGUCCUGUAGCAGAGGACGUUGAUCCUCCGCCGAUCGUCACAUGGUACAAGAACGGACUGCUCCUACUGACGGAUCCGGAUGACCCACGCAUCCUCAUCUCAGACUCCGGGCUCGAACUCAUCAUCAGCUGGGCCCUCAUCGACGACACUGCUCGGUACAAGUGCACUGCCAUCAACCCCGCGGGAGAGACGGAGAAGAAGUUCGACUUGGAUGUGUUAGUCCCUCCGAAGGUCGACCAAGGCUCAUCUUCCCCCAACAACAUGACAGUGGUGGUAGGUCAGCCCCUUUACAUAAACUGUCCAGUAGGAGGCAUCCCGCCACCAGUGGUCAAGUGGUUCAAGGACGGACAGCCUCUUUCCCCUGAACUUGACCCCAACAUUAAUGUCCUGGCAAAUGGGCGGCGUCUGGAAGUGACCAAUGCGAAGGUCACAGAUCGGGGGUUCUACCUGUGUGUUGGGGAGAAUGUUGCUGGCAAAGUGGAGGAGACCUAUGAAGUCUAUGUACAUGUUCCGCCUGAGGUGGAGAAGCCGGGUGAGGUGGACAGUACAGAAGUCAUCAUGAACGGCACACUGCGACUACGCUGUCCAGUGUCCGGCAUCCCUCCGCCAACGAUCACGUGGUUGAAGGAUGACGCAAGUAUCAAGUUCAACUCCUCCAAGUACACGUUGCUUGAAGAUGGCUGGGUGCUGGAAAUCAAGUUUGCCAACAUCAGAGACCGAGGGAGACAUUACUGUCUGGCCAAGAAUAUCGCAGGGGAGAACGAGAAAGCUUUUGAUGUGGAAGUUUUAGUACCACCACAGAUCAACCGCACGAACACGGUGACCAACCCGAACGUCAUCGUCAACAGCACUGCUGUUAUCAGCUGUCCUGUGACCGGCAACCCCCAGCCUGAGAUUCUGUGGUAUCGCAACAAUGUGCUCCUUGACGCUCGCAGCAACCCGCGAUACGAGAUCCUGGCCAGUGGGAGACAACUCCGCAUUUACCGCACACAGGUCAAGGACUCUGGGCAGUACACGUGUGCCUCUCGCAACAGAGCAGGAGAAGAUAAUAUCCAAUUUGAUCUGGAUGUUUGGGUCGCUCCGACCAUCAACACUCAGGGCAGUAACUUCGAACCUAAGGUCAUCGUCAACAGCACCAUUGACCUCGACUGCCCUGCUGAGGGCAACCCACCGCCGCAAAUCCGUUGGUUCCGUGACGGCACACCCGUCAAUACCAACGAUCCGGAUAUUACAAUUCUGGAGGGAGGAAUGCGAAUGCAGAUCCAGAAUGCUGCAGUGGAAGAUUCGGCCCGCUACACGUGUAUUGUCAACAACCCAGCGGGGGAGGAUGACGUUUCCUACGAUCUCAGUGUACAUGUCCCUCCGGAGAUCUCGUCAGAGGGAGUUGUCACCGACCCCAAGGUCAUUGAGAAUGAGACCUUGACCCUGGACUGUCCUGCUGAGGGAGUUCCAGUGCCGGACAUCUUGUGGCUGCAGGAGGGUCAGCCAAUCGACUUUGAAGCCAACCCUCACAUGAUUAUACAGGACCAUGGUCGCCGCUUAAUAAUCCGAGGUGUCCAUGUGCCGGAUGCCGGUAACUACUUGUGUGUGGCCUCAAAUGAAGCCGGGGAGGUAGAGAAGAGUUACGAUCUGGAAGUUUGGGUACCACCCCACAUAGAUGACACAGCACGCGAAACCCACCCUCGGGUCAUAAAGGGCCUAACAGCAACAAUGACCUGCCCUGUGUCCGGUAUUCCAUUCCCGGCCAUCAAGUGGUUACGAGACAAUCGUGAUAUCACGUAUGACUCUCGCGUGGAGGUUCUGAAUGGCGGUCUCCAGCUGCGAGUACAGAACUCGACUGAGUUUGAUGCAGGAGUCUACAGCUGUAUCGCCUCCAGCCCAGCAGGGGAGGACAGGGCUGACUUCGAUCUAGUUGUGCUUGUGAAGCCAGACAUCGACGAGUCAAAUGUGGUGUACAACCCCAAGGUGACCGAAGGGCGGCGAGUGCUGCUGGAGUGCCCCGUGUCUGGCAUCCCGAUCCCGGAGGUGGAGUGGCUCCUCAAUGGCAGUCCCCUCAUCCCGUCUGAUGAAGUCAGGAUCCUCAACAACAACCAUCAUCUGGAGAUCGUGAGGGCUCUGGUGAAGGACACCGCCCAGUACACCUGUAUCGCCACCAACGAGGCUGGCCAGUUGGAGAGGACAUUCAGUCUCGAAGUUCUUGUUCCACCGAGCAUCGAUCGCAACCUGAUACAAGAGAACCCCUCAGUGCACCAGAACAAGACCGUGUUGUUGAACUGCCCUGUGGAUGGUGUGCCGACCCCCAGCAUCUUGUGGUUGAAGGAUCGUGUCCCACUGCUGGACUUCCCAUACCGCGACCUGCGAGUCCUGAAUGAAGACACCACCCUGGAGGUGAGCAACGCACAGGUGGACGACGCGGGGAGCUACACCUGCCGCGCCCUCAACCAAGCCGGCACAGACGAGGUGGUCAUCAAGCUAGAUGUGUUUGUCCCGCCUGUGUUCAACGGUAACGAGAGCCCCGAGACCCUGGAUGUUGUGACGACCCAGCCAAUUACAUUACCGUGUAACAUCAGCGGUGUCCCCAAGCCCUCGAUCCUCUGGCUGAAAGAUGGUGCCAUCAUCGUGGCAGAGGAGAAUCCCAACAUUAUCAUAGAGAAUGGCGGCAAGGUACUGAAGAUCCUACAGGCGUCCACCCUUGACACAGCCAGAUACACCUGUCAUGCUGAGAACCAGGCUGGCUUUAUAGAGAAACAGUAUGAUCUUCAAGUGCUGGUUCCACCAAAGAUCAAUGGCUCCGAAGUGACUCAAAGUGUUCCUGUCAUUCUGGACCAAUCAGUGACCCUGGAGUGUCCAGCAGUGGGAAUACCACCUCCGGACGUAAGGUGGUACAGGUCAGGGGAGAUAAUCCCUCAGUAUGGAAUCCCCAAUAUCCGUAUCCUUGACAAUGGCAGGAAACUGUACAUUAUCAGUGCUCAACUCUUGGACUUUGGCGCCUACAGUUGUCAGGCGAUUAACACGGCUGGAGAAGCGAGCCUCAGGUUCGAAGUCUCUGUUAUGGUUCCACCGGAAAUUGCGCCUGGUGCCACCCAGAUGGCAGCAGAGGUCAACACGCCCACAGUCCUGCAGUGUGAGACAAAUGGUCAGCCCCAGCCCAACGUCACCUGGACCAAGGAUGGCUCCCCCUUCCCAUCCACCGGGCUCCGGCACCGAAUGUUAAGGUCAGGGUCACUGGAGUUCUCACGGAUCAUGAUAGAGGAUGCUGGCAAUUACCAGUGCACGGCAUCCAACAGUGCAGGCAAUGCCACCCGCACAAUCAGCAUUGACGUUCAAGUUCCUGCAAAGAUCCUGAACGUAGGCCCAGCUGUAAUGAAGUCUCCACUGUCCACCGGCAUAACCCUGCCCUGUGAGGUGGAGGGCACCCCCACGCCUAGGAUCUUCUGGCUGAAGAACAGGGCUCUCCUACGUGAGGAUGAGGGCUCCUACCAAGUGCUGUCCAACGGCUCACUGCACAUCACGGACCUGCAGCUGUACCAUCGAGGCGUCUACACCUGCAUCGCGCAAAACAGGGCUGGCUCCUCCAAGAGGGACAUCACCCUCCAAGUACAAGUUCCACCGACCAUCAGUGUGGCACAGCGGAACUUUGUGGUGCUCCAGAACCGGACGGCUGUGAUGCCCUGCAGCGCUACAGGCAUCCCGAGGCCCAAGAUCCGGUGGGAGAAGGAUGGGAAGGAGAUUACCGCCACCAACUACGGCCACUCCUACAGCCGCGUCCACUACAUCACGCUGCAGAAUGGAGGACUCGCCAUACCUCAUGCAAGAGCUGUGGAUGCAGGGACGUACACCUGUAUAGCUGAGAACCAGGCUGGCAAUGCUACAGAGAGUGUCUCCCUCACAGUGGAAGUCCCUCCAAAGAUCAAAUCUGCAGCUCCCCAAUUCGUGGUAACCGUUGGCGACCGGGCCACCAUGCCCUGUGAGGCAGGAGGAAACCCUGCACCAAGGAUCUCCUGGACCAGAGACGGCAGUUGGAUCAGUCCCAGGGACCCCAAGUAUACCCUCACAGAUGAGGGUUCAUUGAUCAUUGAGCGAGUGGAGGCAGAGGACACGGGCAGCUACGUGUGCACGGCGGACAACAAGGCCGGCCGGGACUCCCAGAGCAGGCUGCUCAGAGUACAAGUUCCUCCCCGACUCCUCAUCAUCCCCCGGGACAAGGAGGUGACCAUCAACAAUAGGCUGGAGAUGGAGUGUGCUGCAGAUGGUGUGCCCAUCCCCACCAUCACCUGGCUCCUCAAUGGCAAGCCUAUCGCAUCUCCUGUGAGCAUCAAUGGCCGCAGCUUGUAUUUUGUGAGGAAUGCCAUCCGCGCCGACAGCGGCGAGUACACCUGUGUCGCCACCAACCCCGCCAACAACCAGCAGGUGUCGGCGACCGCCAGUGUUGUCGUUAAAGUUCCUCCCAGGAUGCUUGUUCCCCCCGGCAACAAGGCAGUGAAGAUCGCGGAGAAGGUCGUCCUGGAGUGCUCCGUGGGUGGGGACCCGAUACCGGAGAUUCUGUGGACAAAAAAUGGCCGUCCUGUCGAGCUAAGCCACAGAAUACAGCAGCUGGCUAAUGGAUCUCUUGUCAUAUAUGAUUCUACAGCUUCGGAUGCAGGCGAGUACAAAUGCAUCGCCGUCAACACUGCCGGGACGUCAGAGAGCCGAGCGACAGUCACAGUAUGGUCUGAACCCACAUUUAAGAUUGAACCACCAAAGAGUCAGAAAGUCGACCAAGGGGAGACAAUCAUUAUAGACUGUACCGCAAGUGGUGACCCCAAGCCUGAUAUGUAUUGGUGGAAGGAGACCACGCCCCUCGUCUCCUCCGGACGCAUCACUGUACUGCCAAACAACUCACUCAGGAUCGUGGCAAGCCAGUUAGAUGACUCUAGUCUAUAUCGCUGCUUUGCCACCAACAAGCUUGGCAAGACCUUCGUAGAGACGGAUUUGAAAGUGGUAGUGCACGGCGGCUUCUCGGAGUGGGGCGAAUUUGGCGAGUGCAGCACCACGUGCAGUGUUGGGCUGCAUUUCCGCACCAGAUCAUGUGACAACCCUCCUCCAACCAAUGGUGGCCAUCAAUGUAUUGGGGCUGCUCGGGAAAGCAAAUCCUGUAUAAUGGGGGAAUGUCCAGUGGAUGCCAGCUGGGGAAACUGGGGUGCAUGGAAGUCGUGCAGCAGUUCGUGCGGCCCCGGCCAGCGGACCCGGUCCCGUCGGUGUGACAACCCCCCACCACAGUUUGGGGGACUCCCCUGUGAGGGGGCCGGAGUUGACGAGUCACCUUGCAAUGUCAGGUCCUGUCCAAUUGAUGGCAUCUGGGGAGAGUGGGAUCCAUGGAGUCCUUGCAGCGCCACCUGUGGGGAGGGGCAGCAGGCCAGAGAGCGCAAGUGCAACAACCCUCGGCCUCAGUUUGGGGGACUGCCUUGCCCAGGGGCAGGCAUCGACAGACAGGCGUGUCGAACACAGGCCUGUGCAGUUGAUGGCAACUGGGGUCAGUGGAUGGACUGGACAUCAUGCAGUGUGUCCUGUGGCGGAGGGUCCAGGACACGGGUCCGUCGCUGUGACAACCCUCGCUCGCAGUACGGGGGCGCGGACUGUGUCGGCCCGGAACAGCAAGUGGACUACUGCAACAGUGAACACUGUCCAGUGCAUGGCAACUGGGCGCUGUGGAGCACCUGGGGCGAGUGUAGUCGGAGUUGUGGCGGAGGACAGAUGAAGAGGUUCCGCACCUGCACCAACCCGAUCCCCGCCAAGGGAGGGAGGCCAUGCACGGGACACGGAGAGGAGAUCACCGAGUGCAACCAACAGCACUGUCCUGUCGACGGCAACUGGGAUCCAUGGGCAGAGUGGGGAGCAUGUUCCAAGACAUGUGACUACGGGACGCGGGAGAGGAGGCGGCAGUGUCUACAGCCGCAGCAUGGUGGACGUCCUUGUCUGGGCAACGGUGUCCAGGUGGGCGAGUGCAUCACCACGGCUUGUGACACCUCCCCCAGGACUGCUGAGGGCAAUCUUGUCGGCAACAUCAACAACAUCGACAUCGUGGAGUCCACCAUCGUAUCGGAGAUGACCCCGACUGACUCGGGCAUCAGGAUUAGGGCCAGUAUCAGGAAUGUCCCCAGAACUAUCGCUCCCCACCUUCAGCACCUGAUCUCGCUGCUGACCCCUGUGUACUGGACGACAGCCAUGGAGGUGGACGGAGCUUACAACGGAUAUACUCUAACAAAGGGUGUCUUCAACAGGAAGGUGCAGGUCGAGUUUGCAACAGGGGAGGUCUUGAGGAUGACCCACUAUGCAACUGGUGUGGAUGACAAGGGGAAGCUCAAGUUUGACAUCGUGGUCAGUGGACAUGUGCCUGACCUGGGCCAGAUCAGGAACGUGUACAUCCACCCCUAUACAGAACAGUAUGUGCAGACUGGGCCAGGUGAAAUCUAUGCCUUCUCCUCACGACUGUUCCGAGUUGAUGGAAACAGGAUGCCAUAUGCAUGGAACCACACCAUCACAUAUGACCCGUCACUGGGCAAGAUGCCGUUCCUGGUGCAGCGACUCUAUGCUGAAGGCAUGGAGGUCAAUGUUGAGCCCGGGGAGGAGGAUGUGCGCUUCCAGCUGUAUGCCAGCAUUGCACCAGGUAACCCCAGUAAUCGAUGUCCCAGGGGGUUCUUCCACGAUGAAGAGGGAUCCUUCUGCCGAGAUGACAAUGAGUGCACACGCCUCAAGCCAUGCAGUCACUUCUGUCACAACGCACCUGGUAGCUUCUCAUGUUCCUGUCCUGUAGGAUUCACAUUGGAGUCUGACGGCCGGUCCUGUAGAGACAUCGACGAAUGCCAGAAGAACAUAGCUGGAUGUCCCAUAAACAAGGAGUGUGUGAACACCAUCGGGUCUUACCAAUGUCUGGCCCAGUGCUCUGCUGGCUACAAGAGGGCUCUCAAUGGGCUGGAGUGCCAAGACAUCGACGAGUGCAAGGCACAGCCAGACACAUGUGAGCAUGUUUGUGAGAACCUGGUGGGAAGCUUCCGGUGUUCGUGUACUCAAGGCUACAGACUCUCCCCUAACGGAAGAUGUGUGGAUGUGGACGAGUGCAAGCGCCCCAACUCGCCCUGCCCUCAGCAGUGCCUCAACACCAAUGGCGGUUACAGAUGUGCGUGCAGGACCGGCUACAAACUGGUUGGUGGACAGCAGGGUGCCUGCAGAGAUAUUAAUGAGUGCAUCGUGGGAAGUCACAACUGCCCACGAGACCAAGAGUGCGUCAACACUCGCGGAAGCUACGAAUGUAUCAACAUUUGUGAGCCAGGAUUCCGGAGGAUUCGAAGUGGCCAGUGUAUCGACAUUAACGAGUGUACUAGCCGUCGCCAUCGAUGCUACUACAACCAGAGGUGUAUAAACACCGCCGGCAGCUACAAGUGCACAUGUCCUCAAGGCCUGGCAUCCCGAGGACCAGGGCAGCCCUGUACAGAUAUUAAUGAGUGUGAACAAAUCCCGCCUGUUUGCAACUUCAAAUGCCGAAACUUGUGGGCCAGUUUUGAGUGCAUCUGUCCGUUUGGGCAGGUCCGCUUGACUGACAAGAAGACCUGUGCUGGACUGGAGUUUGUAGAGCCUGCCAAAGUGUACUCCACCGACACUCAGGCUGACCAAGGCUACCCAGUGGCACCGGCUAGGUCUUGCAAAUAUGGUUUAUGUGCAUUGAACAGACCCCGGCUUAGAUGCCCCUCAGGAACCCAGUUUGAUAGAACUCACCGGGAUCGGUGUAUUGACGUUGAUGAGUGUGCCAUCGGGAAGCACCAGUGUCAACACAACUGCACCAACACCAACGGCUCCUACCGCUGCCGCUGUCCACCCGGAUACAGACUCGGAAAGGAUGGCUUCUCCUGUGUCGAUAUUAACGAGUGUAUUGAGAAGCAGAUCAACUGUGGGUUUGAAAAGAUGUGCUUCAACACUCGCGGCUCCCACUCCUGCAUCGAAAUUCCCUGCCCAGUGGACUACGCCCGCGACCCUACCACACAGUUCUGUGUCCUGGAGUGUGUGAACCCCAACAUCCCCUGCCCUCCCGGAGCGAAGUACGCAGACGUCAUCCAGUUCCGCACACUCUCCCUCCCCAGUGGCAACAUAGCACAGGAUCUCAUCCGACUGACGGCUUACAAUCAGAACGACGAAAUCCUUAUUCAGACUACUUUCAAGAUUCUUGACAACGAUCCCAAAAUUGAGUUUAAGAUUCGACUAGAGAACGGUAAAGGUGUCGUGUUCACCAAGAAACCAUUACAAGACAAUCAGGUGUAUCGUAUCAAAGUGCGGGCAAAGUCAUAUGAUAAUCGGAGGAUUCAUAUACAAUAUCAAACCACCUUCAUUAUACACAUAUCGGUCUCUGCAUGGCCGUAUUAAUUUUCAACAUUUGUUUUCAGAAUGUUCCAUUAUGAGUUUUUUCGUAAAUUCCUCAAACUAUGAAGAAUUUCCAGUUAUUUCAUGUGCCUUGUGGGUUUAUACAUGGGGAAAGUAUUAGAAUUGUAAAUGUCAUAUUUGUAUGAACUUUUAAAUGCUCACAUAUCUUCAACAUGAAAUUUUAGGCCAGAUGAAUUUAUUUUCUUGUCUAUUUGAAAAUAUUAACAGAUUUUUGUUUAAACUAUGAUGAUUUUGUUUCAGGAAAUUAACCAGAUAUCAUUUCUUUUUUGUGUGUAAUUUUGCAUAUUGACCCAGAUAUUUGGCAUAAUAGGAACAAAACUGAUGUCGUUCUUGAUUAUAUCUGUCAUUUUGCAUGUUUAUCGAGGGCAAAGUGAUCGUCUUUCAACACUGGACUUUUGAUAUCUUUGAUACUGUUACUACCGGUAUAUACUGAUGGAAGUAAGGUCACAUGGAGGUGUUUUCAGAUGAACAGAAUAAGCAGCACGGAUGAGAUGAUGAGACCAGUGUAUUGCGUAUUGCGUACACGACCUGUGUGCCAAGUCCAAGUACCUAUUGUGGGAUCACCCCCCAGCAUGCAUGGUGCCCACUUUCACAAAUGCAUCCCUGAGCACCCCAGCAACUACCAAUAUAUUGUCAAGUGAUAUCAGGUCAGCCUCAGGGGAGAUGCUUGAAGUUAUCUCCCUUAUUAUGGUUACACAAGGUUAUCUCCCUUUAAACAUGUGCCCCUAUUUCUGUUCAUCAGUAUAUUUGUAACGAUGUAAACAUACAGGGUUACCAAGAUGCCUUUUUUUUUAAAAAUGAAUGGUGCUCUGGGUAUUAAGUUUUCAUGUAAAAACUUAAACCUGAUUGUGAACAAAUUGUUUCUUUGUAACCCUAUUUCAGUUGUUUUAAAAUCAUAAUCGUUGGCAAAAUUUUAAUUUUAAUUCUAAUCAUUUCUUCAAUAAAUUUUAAGCAGAAACCUUUCCUGAUAUAUGUAUUUUGAUUUCUUUUUUAAUGUCUGUUCAUGGUAUAUGUAUAAGAUAUAAGGUUGGUACAUAGUGAAUAUAAUAAAUACUUGUCUUAGGCUGUUGAAUAUGUCUAAAACAAAAUGAUCAUACUAUUUAGCAGUGUUCCUCCAUUUUGUGGCAUGUUUCAGGUCUUUUCUCAUUGCAUAUCAUGUAGCUUGUAGCCCUCAAUACAAACAUUGUUAAACAUGAGAGAUUAUCAUUUCCCCUCAAAGGGACCGACCAUAUAAACAUGAUCCACCUGGAACCUCAAAUGGUUGAUCCCUAAUGCUGUUUUUUUUUUUUUUAUAAACACGAGUUGGAAACUGAUCAUCUCUUCUUUGACAAUAAUAUUUUUAAAAAAGCAAAAACAAAUGAACUUGUAAAUUUUAUUGAAUUCAAAAUGCAUUAAAAGAUGGCCAUGGUAUUUGCUACUGCCUGUAGCAUACACGAGUAUGUCAGAUUGUGCACUAGACCAGCUUGUAUUGCUUUCAUACAAAGUCUCACAAUGUAGCGAAGGUAAUGACAUUGCAUAUUGAGCAUAUAUAGUACCCUCUUCUAUACAUGAAAUGUAUAUUCUUGAAUAAAUAAAGACUUUUGUAGAAUUUCAAA